CCUGAAAGUACCCGGCCGCGGUGAAAACAAACCCGGUGGGUGCUCUUCCACUUCUUACUGACCGACGCCCAUCAUGCUGCCAGCAAAAUCUCUUCGCUGCAUCGCUCGUGCUCGUACCUUCAGUUCCUCAUCUGCUCUCAGCGCUCUCAGCGCUGCUGCUCUUCCUAAAGCAGAACAGCUAUCUUCGGAAUGGAAGGGAACAAGUGCUACCGGAGGCACCACCAAGAAUUUCAUUGGGGGACAAUUCGUCGAAAGCAAGUCUUCGGAAUGGAUUGAUGUUCUCGACCCAGCGUCCCAAACGUUGCUUUCUCGUGUCCCUCAGACGACGAAUGCAGAAUUUGAACAAGCCGUCGACGCCGCUUCCGAAGCAUAUAAAACGUGGAGUCGUACUAGUAUCCUUGGACGUCAACGUUUCGCUAUAGAGCUUCAGUCUCUGCUUCGCCAGAACGCAGACGCCAUUGCCAGCAGUAUCGUAUUAGAACAGGGAAAGACGCUUCCAGAUGCUCAUGGCGACCUCCUUCGCGGGUUGCAAGUCGUGGAAUCAGCAAUCGGUAUCACUUCUACCCUUCUGGGUGAGAAAAUAGAAGUCAGCAAAGAUAUGGACACAGAAGUACGGAAAGUACCUCUGGGCGUGUGUGCAAGCAUUGCUCCCUUCAAUUUCCCAGCAAUGAUCCCUCUGUGGACGAUUCCCAUGGCUGCCGUCACAGGCAACACUUUGAUCCUAAAGCCCUCGGAACGCGACCCCGGCGCCGCUAUGAUUAUAGCUGAGCUAUGCCAACGUGCUGGUCUUCCUCCCGGUGUGCUGAACAUCGUUCACGGAGGUGUCCCAACGGUCAAUGCCAUUUGUGACCAUCCUGCUGUCAAGGCCAUCAGCUUCGUUGGAGGCGACAGAGCUGGAAAGCACAUUUAUGACAGGGGAACACAAAACGGCAAACGCGUGCAGGCUAACAUGGGUGCCAAGAACCACGCCAUAGUCAUGCCUGAUGCUAACAAGAAUUUGGUUCUCAAUUCGAUUCUUGGCGCCGCUUUCGGAGCCGCCGGUCAACGAUGCAUGGCCAUCUCUGUCGCAUUGCUUGUCGGAGAAUCACAAUCGUGGUUGCCGGAGCUCCUGGAGCGUGCUCAGAACCUCAAAGUCGACGGUGGUUUUGAACGAGGAGCAGACCUUGGUCCUUUGAUCUCUCCGGCUGCGAAGAAGCGGGUGACCAGUCUUAUAUCGUCAGCUGAGGAACAAGGGGGAAAAAUCAAUCUUGAUGGACGGGGAAUCCAAGUUCCUGGAUAUCCUGAUGGAAACUUCGUUGGCCCCACAGUCAUCGAGGCCAACACCACGAUGAAGUGCUACCAGGAAGAAAUCUUCGGGCCUGUUUUGGUAGUUCUGAAAACUGAUACGCUUGACGACGCUUUAGAUAUCAUCAAUUCAAAUAGGUACGGAAACGGUGCGGCGGUAUUCACGCAGUCGGGAGCGACAGCAAGGAGGUUCGAAUCUGAGGUUAACGUUGGUCAAAUUGGUAUCAACGUUCCAAUUCCUGUGCCGCUGCCCAUGUUUGGUUGGAGUGGAAACAAGGGAAGCGUAUUGGGCGACAUAGGCUUCUACGGCAAAAGCGGUAUCAAUUUCUAUACUCAAAACAAGACUACGACUAGUCUUUGGAGGGCUGAGGACGCUGUUGGGACCAGGGCGUCCGUUAACAUGCCCACACAUCAUUAGGAGAAUCUAGCGCGUCCGGUGGCUCGAACGGGACGGUGUAAUUACAGAUAAGAUCUGCUAAUCUGCCAAAACGUUCGAAAUGCUCAAGUGAUAAUGACGUAUCAUAUAAUUGGAAGAUACAGUCAUAUCAGUGAAACAUGAAGGACUGAACCGGAAAAUCAUGUAACACUGGAGUUUGGGUAUAACUACCAGCUAAGAAAAGAAAGACAGCGUCCUUUCAGUCAAA